AAGUGCGUGCAGUAAAAAGUAAUAAAGAGAAGAGAACUUGAAAUUGCAGUGAGGUCAGUUGUGACAAGGUGCAAGGCAUAAUAAAAUAACCUCAACAAUACAAUUAACCGCGGUAUAACAACAACAAAAAAUACUGUCAUCAAUGUAAAAUUGCCGCAAACUAUUCAUUUGGCUAUUAAGCAAAUUACGCUUUUUCUUCUGGAUAUUGGUGUGCACAACGUACGCUGUCUUCUUAAACUUUUUACUUGAUUAUGUCGUGAUUUUCCAACAAAAUGCCACGCCUAAGAGGUCGUGCUCCCCUUACAAUUAUUCUGAUGAUUAUCUUUACUCUGCUUGUCAUUAUUUAUCAUAUUCUGAGCAAUGAAGUUGAUGACAUUUCCUCUUUGAAGAUCAACUCUCAUUUGAAGAUUGAGGAUGUGUAUCCUCUUAGUGAUCUUACAGAAAGUCCGCGAAAUAUCGCAAGGCGUCAACAAUUAGAGGCACAAAUAAUGGAAAAUCUGAAAAAUAAUGGCAGAAACAUAGAAUCAGAUGAAAAUAAAUAUGGAAAGGCCUUUAGUGACUCAACUCCUUUAUUUAAGGGCCACAAGAUUGUGCAUCUUGAUUUGAAAGGUGCUCCACCUGUUAUCGGGUAUUACAAGCACCUAUUACCAUUAUUGAAGAAACUUGGAGCUACUGGAAUCUUAAUUGAAUAUGAGGAUAUGUUUCCGUUUAAAGAACACAUUAGUAUUAUUAGUGCGGGUAACUGCUAUUCUAAAGCGGACAUUGAAACAAUUCAAAAGCUUGCUGAAGAGAAUGAUCUUAUUGUGAUUCCUUUGAUACAAACUUUUGGACACCUAGAAUUUGUCCUUAAGUUAGAUGAGUACAAAGAUUACAGAGAAGUCUUUCGAUAUCCUCAAGUAUUAUGCCCAUCGUACAAUAAAACAUUGAUACUCUUGCACAAGAUGAUAGAUCAAGUGGUGGAGGCACAUCCCAAUAUAAAAUAUUUGCAUAUAGGAGCUGACGAGGUUUAUCAAAUUGGAGAGUGUUCACGAUGUUUCGAAGUUAUGGAUAAAAAGCAAUGGGGAAAAAGACAGCUCUUCCUAGAUCAUGUCACCAGAGUAGCAAAAUACAUUAAAGAAAAAUAUCCAAAGUUAAGUAUCCUCAUGUGGGAUGAUGAAUUUCGAGAAAUAUUACCUCAGGAAAUUUUGGAAAAAGGUUUGAACAAACUUGUUGAACCUGUUGUAUGGAAAUAUACAACCGAUCCUGGUGCUUCCUUGAAUGACUUACUUUGGGAUAAUUAUGCUCUUGUCUGGCCAGCAGUUUGGAUAGCAACAGCUUUCAAAGGUGCUACAGCUCCAGAUCGCUACUAUACAGACAUUGCAUACCAUUUGGAAAAUCAUCAGCGCUGGCUAGAAAUUAUUGUAAAAUACUCUCACAAGAUCAACUUUAAAGGAGCAAUUUUAACUGGCUGGCAAAGAUAUGACCAUUUCAGUGUGCUCUGCGAGUUAUUACCUGCUGCCAUUCCAUCACUUGCAGUCAAUUUAGCUGUUCUACGCUCUUCUGAGUUAAAUACUUUUCCCAACGAGAUUCCACGUCAAAUCACAGACGCCCUACAAUGCGAAAGUACCAUUUCCUUGAAUAUACCAGAACCUCAAUAUGGAUGGACCAAGUGCGUCUACCAAGGAGUACUUGUAUACACAGCUACACUACGAUUGUAUUCCUUGUCUCAAGAAAUAAGUAAAAUGGAAGAGGAAAACACGUUCAAAGGUUGGAUGAAGGAAUACAAUCUGAAAUACGCUUUUUCUAGUCCUAGUCAUGUGGAACAUGCAGUAGCCGACCUGGAUAACUUCAAAAUGGAAUUACUUGACAUCGAAAAGGUAGUAAGAUCAGCCAUGGAUGGUAUUUAUGAUAACUACACCAUUCAGGAAUGGAUUGAAACGUUUAUGGUUCCAUUAAAUGACAAAGUGACCUCACUUUGGGAAGCGAAGGAGAAAAUUUUGAAGAAGAAUGCAUGGCCACGAAGACCACUGACAAAAAUUGAACUUUAAUAAAAUGUGGAAGUACAGAAAUUGAUUAAGACAUCUUCUUUGGACAGAGCAACACGAGAGACUGAUAAUUAGGUAAUUCUUCCACGUAGGAACACGGUACAGAACAAAUUUUGAUUUUUCACAAGGACAGGGUAUUUGAAAGGAGUCUCAGAGAUAAUGUAUAGGUAUAAAUAAUCAUAUGUAGUAUAAUUAUUGAGGUAUCAGUUUAUAAUAUUAGCCAUUUUGGCUAAUUAAAAUUGAACAAAAAAAAGUCAUUUGUUCUUAGCACCGUUUUAAAGACAGCAGAAUUCAUGAAUCUUAUUGCAAUCUGACAAAUCACACUUCUGAAGUAGCAUUGACUGCAAGAAAAAAGAUUAUACCCAAAUGAAACGAAAAAAUAAAUAGCAAAACAAUUUAUAGACUGUAGCACUAAUAAUAUAUAUGUAUGCACAGUAGUGUAUUUAUGGGGACAUGAUUUUGAGAAUAUAUUUAUAUUUAUCCGCGUUGUGUUUAAUAUAUUUUUCUGUGUGUUUGAAAAUAUAAAACCGGGAAUAUUGUAUGACCAUUGUUCCGUUACACUUUGUAUUGCUAAAUUUUAAGUUUUUAGAAUUUCCGUUACAUCUUAUACGUGUAUCACUUAAUUAUAUUCUAUAUGAAUAUUAAAAGCCGAAUGCAUAUUUUAUCAUUGUGGAAGAGAAUGAUUUUAAUGUACUAUCAAUUUAAUAUUGUUUUCUGAUUAAUCUAUAUACGGCUAUGCCACAAAGUUUUAUCUUCCGCUCAAUGCAAUCUUUAAAUAGUAAUUACCCAUCGACAAACUAUCAAUAAUAACUGUAGUGAAGGCGUUCAUUAUCUUACAUCAGUAUGUGAUAAUGUGAUUGAAUUAUUAAGUGAAUUUUAAUGUAAAUAUUGUUUCUAAUAUCAUUAUAAUUAUCAUCAAUAGUAAUAUAAUCAUUAUUCAAUCUAUCACGGAUUGCGAAUAAAACAAGUUUCUAAAUUA